AGGGCGAAAAGAAGAACUCUGCCGCAGGAUCAUAAGUAUCUGCCCCGCUUCCAGCCGCGAGGGAAAACCAGAAGCAAAAGAAGCCUUGCAGGAGGUGAAGAGUAGAGCAAUGGCGGGGAACGAUCAGGACGAGUUCUAUCUCCGUUACUACGUGGGUCACAAGGGCAAGUUCGGGCACGAGUUCCUGGAGUUCGAGUUCCGCCCCGAUGGCAAACUUCGUUACGCUAACAACUCCAACUACAAGAACGACACUAUGAUCCGCAAGGAGGUCUUCCUCACCCCCGCCGUCCUCCGCGAGUGCCGCCGCAUCAUCUCCGAGAGCGAGAUAAUGAAAGAAGAUGAUAAUAACUGGCCAGAGCCGGAUAGGGUAGGGAGGCAGGAAUUAGAAAUUGUGAUGGGCAACGAGCACAUCUCUUUCACCACAUCGAAGAUUGGGUCCCUCGUGGACGUCCAGAGCAGCAAAGAUCCAGAGGGGCUGCGUAUCUUCUAUUAUCUGGUUCAGGACCUGAAGUGUUUUGUGUUUUCCCUCAUAUCCCUCCACUUCAAGAUCAAGCCAAUUCAAUCUUGAGUUUGCCUGGGUAGUUCAAAGUUCACCUUGUUCUGUCUUUCUUUGAUAACGGUGCAGAUCCAAGCUCAAAAAUAGACAUUACUAAAGUUAUGAGGUUUGCUGUAGUUUCUUAUGAUUAUAUGUUUGGAUAAGCUUUAGCAAACGUUGAGUUGGUAAGUGCUUUUCUGUCUCGGUUUGUUCUCAUAUACAUGCAGUAACAGACGCUGCUACUUUGGUCCAAUUUUAUUGUUGAAUCUUAGCUCUUUUAUCCGGGCAGUGGAGUUUUUCCAGAAUA